GGUUGAUGCACAUGGUGGAAUUAAAAUGUGUGAACCUUAAGCAUUAGCAAUAGGAAUAUAAAUAAAUUAUAUUUUAUCCAGAAUAUAUGAUUGAAGAAACAUUAUGUUUAUCCUUUAAUUUCAUAUAACGCAAAACUAUGUCAUUAAAAGAAAUAAGAAUAAGUUGCAUAACAAAUAUGACAAAUGAAAUAUUUAUACCUAUAUAGUUUUUAAAGAGUAAACAAAUCAGAUAAAAAUAUGGAGAAAGAUGUUAAUACAAAUAACCCAGCGGCUGUUGAAGACGUUGAAAAAACGCGAUUACCCAUGAAACAUCCCAAAGCAACAAUAACAUCAACAGUUCCAAUCGUUAUAAAAAUAGAACCCCCAAAAGACGUGGGAAAACAAAAGAAUGAUAACAACAGACAUGAAGAUAAUGACACAAAGAAUACUUUAAAAUCAAGAUUUUGUCAGCUCCUUCCGGUUCUUCUCUUUCUCGUUACGUUCGCAACGGUGCUUAGUUUACUCAUUAUUUAUAUGGAUCCAUCAACUGAGUAUCGUCAUCAACAGUUUCGACAGAACUUGACUCAUGAUUAUGAUAUGGUGAACACACCGCAAGACAACAAAGAGCUAGUUUGGUUUGUAAAGGAAGUUCUAAUGAAGAAAUAUCCGAUGCCGAAUCUUCAAAAGCUACCAAUGGAUGAGUUUAAUUACAACACAAGUAAUGAAGCAGCUCCUUCUAUGGCGAAAAUGAUUGGAGAAGAUUUGUUUGAUAGUAAGAAAUCUGGAUUCUAUUUUCAAUCUUUAACUGGAUCAAAUGCACCAAUGAUGCCUGCACCAUGGCUUACACAGUCUCUUAACUGGGGAGGAUGUGUUGUUGAACCAGAUCCUCGAAAAUAUUUUAGUUACCGCAAGCUAUAUGCUCAACGCGACACAAUAAAAAUUGUUCAUGCUUCAUUGUCACCACAGAAAUAUCCCAAAGAAGUAACAUUACAUUAUGAAGAAGAUGAAAGUGAAGUCAAAGUUGAGACAAUGGCUGAUGAACCAGAAAGAAUUAAAUGCUUUCCUCUCUACACCAUUUUGUUGGCACUCAACCGUACCCAUGUCGACUUGUUAAGCUUAGGUUGCCAAGGACAAGAAUUGGAAAUUUUACAGACAAUUCCAUGGGAUCAUAUAACAGUUGACGUAAUCAGCAUUCAUCUGAUACAUUUUUCACACAAAAUUGAUUAUCCUCUUUACACAAGUGAACUCAUAAAAUAUCUUGAGGAUAUGUCAUAUCAACUUGUGUGGAAUCAUGAGAAGAAUUUUGUGUUUAAGAAAAUAAUUUCAAGUAAACAAGUAUAGGACAUUUCUCUUAAUUUUCUUUAUAGAUUAUGGAAUAUGAAUUGCUCCUUCUAAUUUAUACCAAAUAUUUAAUUUAUAUGAAUAAUUUUAAUUAGUUCUAUUGCACACCCACACAAAUCUAGACAUACAAAAUGAGUCUCGAACUACUUUAACAAUAUCAGUUGAAGGUGAAAAAUUCAUCUUAGAUAUUAUUUAGAAAAGAAUUUUAAUCAUUUUUGGAGAACUUAACCUUGAGACUCUUAAUUAAAUUUUAUACAUUCAAUAUACCUACAUAAGUUUUUCACUUUGUCACGUAAACAGAUAUUUAAUUUAUUACAACUUUUACUUUCACUGUCUACAGAUUCUAUACACAUAAUUGACUGAUUGAAUUCAAUCAAAGAAAAUUGGAGAAUUGAUAGCAAUAAGUUCUUUUUAGAAAUCCAAAGUUUAUUUUAUUUUUCUUAUGUUAAAUUUUCAUUGAAAUGAAAACAGAAAGAAAGUAAGUACGUAUGUGUAGAUGAAGAACAAAAGUAAAACAUUAAAUUAAAGAGAUUUGGGAAGGAAAUAAGUCAAUGACAAUUAAAAUGUUUAAGUAUUUUUUUAUGUUUUUAGGGCUGGGAAUGCCAAGAACUGAAUAGUUUUCCUCUUUACAGAGUAAAAUUAAUUAAUAGUUGAAAAAAAUGAGAUUUUUCGUCUGAAAAUAUUUUUUUUAUUGACAAAAUAUAAAUUAUUCAUGCACAUUAUGUUACAUUUAGUGCCGAAGAUAUUAUUCUUCAAUUAAAGAUAAAAAUUUCUUCAAAUUUACUCCUGACAAAACGAAAAAUUUGUACAACUUCACUGCAAGCUCUCUAUCCUCACUCAAACACUCCAAAUUAUUAAAUAUUUUAAAUAUUUUAAAAAUUAAAAUCAAACAUUUAAAAGGAAAUUUAAAUAUUGCAACAUUCCUCUCUUUAUAUUUUUAUAACUUUAAUAAUGGCAGAGAGGGAGAAGAAAUUUUGAUUUGCAUUUCAUUAAACAGGAAAUGAAGAGCUUAAGAAUCUCAUUAUGGAGGUUUUCUAACUUCUAACUUUCGCAAUAAUAAAGGAAUGGAAAACGAUGUUAAAAAUCUAAAGAGAAACUGUAAGCAAAAACUCUAGAAAUGUGCACCAAAUAAACAAAACCAAUAGAAGAAAAUGAUGAAAAACAAUCGGUCAGGGAAAUGAGGACGAAUAAAGGAAUUUUUAAGAAAAUAAAAUAAAAUUACAUAAAAUCAAAAUGUAUCAAAUUUUCUUCUUACUUAUUACAGUUGAGUGCAUCA